UCUAUUUGAGAGACAGAACCCACGUGGGUAACACGCGUGGCGUUGUGUGGUCGCCAUCUUCCGACUGUUUGACAGCCACAAUAUAGAAUAUCUGUUGCUUUGGUUCAGAGUUUUUACCCAAAGAUGAGUGACGAUGAAAGGGAUAUCGACAUCGAAAGUGAUGAAGAGGAGGACGAAAUGGGCUUGGACGGAAAUCAGUCAAAUGUUACACAGUUUAUGAGCCAGGCUGAAAAGCGUGCCCACCACAAUGCUUUGGAAAGGAAAAGGAGAGAUCAUAUAAAAGAAAGUUUUCACAGUUUACGAGAUUCUAUACCAUCACUUCAAGGAGAGAAGGUAGCAAGAUCACAGAUUCUGAAGAAAGCUUCUGAAUAUAUCCAGUUCAUGCGAAGAAAAAAUAAUACACAUCAUCAAGAUUUAGAAGAUCUGAAAAGACAAAAUUCUGUUUUGGAUCAACAAGUGCGAGCCCUAGAAAAAGCAAAGACAACAGGGACUUUUGCCAGUCAGUCCUCUUCAGGAUUAGAGUCAGAAACUGUUCUUAAUUCAAACGAAAGACGUGGGUCUGGUUCAGAAAGUUCUGAAUCAGAUCUGGGACCAGGGAAGAGGAAAAAAUUGAAAACUUCAACAUAGCAAAGAUUUCAACUUAUUUUUACUCAAUAUUGGUAAUUUUUUUGAUUGGUGUGUCCAGGAAGCUGUUAAAACCAUCUUACAUAUGAUAUAGUUAUAAUGUUGUGAAAAAAAGUAGUAGAAGGUGUCCUAAUUUUUGUGCCAUUUAGUUUUUAGUAAAAUCUAAAAUCCAUUGUUACUGUAUUGACCUUUUUCUUUGUAAAUCAAAUGUAUUUGGAGUUUUGGUAUCAUCUACCAUUAGAAGAGUUAUUACAUAGAAGCCAGAUCAAAUUUGCUAUGAAAAUUUCGUAACUUUUUGGCCGUAACAGAACUGUUAAGAAUAGUCAUUUAUUCAUUUAUGGCAAAAUUUUCUUAAAAUCAGUAAAUGAGCAAGAUUGAAACUAAGGCCAAGCAUUUUGAAUAUUUUGGUGUGAAAAUUAUAGCAUUGUAACUGGUACUUUGGUUUUAAUGAGUGUAUGUUCUCAGACAGUGUUACAGUGUACCCCUAAGGUUAACUUGGGGAAACUGACAAAGAGGGGUGAGCAAUAUUGGUACACUAAUGUAUUUUAUUGACUUCAGAGCCCAAAGAAACACUGCAUUCAAUAAAUGCAUUGAAUGUAUUAACUAUGAAUGCAGUCCAGAUUUUUGAAAUAGCAUGAUUAAAUGUUUUUCAAAGGCUUUUUGACUUGGCAAUGUGCUGAAAUUGUAUAAAUUCUUGUCUGGAAAAAUGAGGAAGUUAAGAUCAUAAACAGAGUUCUAUUCUGAUAUUGCUGCAUAGAAUUAAGAAAAUAUAAAGGGGUUUAUUCUCAGGUGGGAAAUGUUUCAGCACAAAGAUAAUAUGUGUAACUGCUGGUAAAGGAGUUUUCUGGUGACUGAGUAAUAUGUCAGUUAGUAUUAUGCUGUGGCUGGGGCAUCCUUUAAACUUGUUUGUUCAAAAUUACAAGUCUGGUUAUUUGUGCAAGUUGAACACAGGGACGAAAAAUUAAAAAACCAGUGUUUCACCACCUGUACAAUGACCUCGUAACAUUUUGUGUACUCUUUCUAACAAAAUAUACUUUGUGGUGUUUUAAAUGACGAAAUUCUAAAUAACUUUUGCACAUUAUAACCAGUGCCAUCACUCACACAAGAAUCCACUUUCUUUUUCCCUCUUAACAUCCAGUCUUGAUUUUAGCAUAUGUACUUAAGCAGAAGAGUAAUGGAUAAGUCAAACUCAUGAAUGUGUUCAAAUAAUUUUUCAAUAAAAUCUGGACAAAAGUUAUUUUGAGUUGUGGUUAUAGCCAAGACCUGAGUUUUUUACACUAUGUUUGUAUCAUGAUAAUGAAUAAA